GAACUCUGUUCUGUGCUCAGACCCAUAAAAAGAAAAAUAUAAACACAAAAGGUGCUAUAAUUUAUAGACAUAUAAGUAAUCUGUCAAUUUUAGUAUCUAAAACAUAAAAAAAUAAGGUACUAAAAUAUUCAAUUGGUAAUCGAGUAUGAGAAAAAGCAAUUGUCAUAACCUGAUAAUGAAUUAUCUACUGUCAAUAUCGAAGUUAAAAAGUAAUAUGUUCGUUUACAAGUAUGUCUAGUUUACAUUUGAAGGAAUUGUUUCCUUCAAAAUUUAGUUUUAUUAUAUUUGUGGGCUACAUAUUUUUAUUUGUAAACCAAGGUAUUCUCGUUACUGCUUCACAACAGUCAGAUAAUAAUUAUAAUUACAAUAUAGUUACGGUGGUACUACUAACCGAGGUUUUAAAGUUAAUGGUUUCAUCACUCUUAUACUGUAGGGAAAAUUCCGCCACAAAUCUAGUUACAGAAAUUGUAACAAAUAAAAACGUUCUGAUACUUUAUUUUAUUCCUGCAUUUUUAUACUGUUUGUAUAAUAAUUUGGCAUUUUGGAAUUUAUCGUCCUUCGACCCAACAACGUAUUACUUGUUGCUACAGUUGAGAGUUGUAAUUACAGGUAUUCUUUUUCAGGUGAUUUUUAAGAAGAUUUUAAGCCGAACUCAAUGGAUUUCCCUUUUAAUUUUGACGUUAGGAUGUAUGAUGAAACAAAUUAAUUUUCCUAUCAAUUCGAUACCAAUCAGUGACAGUGUUAAAAAAGCGACUUCGGUUUCUUUAGGAUUAGAUGCUAUUUUCAUAUUCACUCAAAUAAUAUGUUCUUGUCUUGCUGGGGUCUACAACGAAUAUCUUUUAAAAAAUCGUGGUGCCUCUGUAAAUAUUUUUGUACAGAAUGUAUUUAUGUACUUGGAUUCUAUAGUGUGUAACGUACUAAUACUUAUUUUGAAUGGAACUGUAAUUCAAGCAUUUACUUAUGAAAAUAUCGCCAAAGUUUUCACCUAUAAAGUGUUACUAGUGAUGAUAAAUAAUGCCGCUAUCGGAAUAAUAACUAGUUUUUUUUUAAAAACGUUAAACUCUAUAUUGAAGACAUUCGCAAGCGCUUUGGAAUUAAUUUUUACUGCUUUGUUAAGUUAUUUGUUAUUUGAUAUACCGAUAUAUGUUAACACAGUAUUAAGUAUUGGGACUGUUUUAUUAGCUACAUUUUUGUAUUCACAAAACCCUGUACAUAAUCCCCCUAAACCAACCUCUGUUGAUAAAGAGAAAUUAUUACAAAUAGAAGAAGUGUGAUACCAGUUAGUUUAUAUUUGUUAUCGAUAAAAUAAACCAAGUUCAAUCCUAAACAAUUUUAAUUUUACCACCUUGAAAAGCUGACAACUUUGCUAAUAAAGAAAUGUAGUUUUAUGAGAUGAUACUGGAAAGAAGUACGUCUUUUUAGCUGGGCAUUUUAUUCAUAACUAUCUGACUUGUUAAACUUGUUAAGGCUGCCUGCACAUCUGCUACUUUUGGCAAUUCUUAGUUCGAUUCCCUUUUCUUCUUGGCAUUUAUUCAUACUAUGAAAUCAAACUAAAUAUUUAUUCUUUAUUGUUCAAUUUUCCAUCUUCUACUGCAUUCUUUCAACUCGCAAACACUAAUUUGGCUGUAAAGCCACAUGUACGAUUUUUUAAGAAUUGUGCUCUCAUAGAUCGGCGCGUACAAUGUUCUAGAUUAUAUUAGAUAUGUAAAAUUAAUUACAAGAAACUCUAAAAUAUGAAAAUAUUCUUACCUUGUUUAAAAUAUAAAUUAUUAUGGAACUA